UCACAGCAGCGUCCUCUGAAGUGCCCGUCAGUGACGUCACGUUGAAUGUUCAGAUCAACAACUAUGAAGCUUCUUCCUCUCGUGUGUCUCUGCGUCGUGACUCGGUCUGGAAUAACGUUUGCUGAUGAAAACGGUGGAGUGGUGGUGAAAGAAGACAGUGAUGCUGUGUUACCGUGUUCCCUCAGCACCAAGGAGAACAUCGAGACGAAGCUGUUUGACUGGAAGAAAGACGAUCACAAGGAGGUGUUCAUGUACGACGGAGGAGAUUAUUACGCUCACGGCCUUUCAGGUCAAGACAAACAGUUUGAAGGUCGAGUCUCACAUUUUAACGACGAGCUGAAGAACGGUAACGCCUCCAUAAAGAUCAGGAAGACCAAGGUGGCCGACAGUGGAAACUACACCUGUUUUUUUCCUCGUCUGCAGCCGAGUCAAAUGUUCCACAUUGAGCUGGUUGUUGGCGCUGCUUCCAAGCCGUCUGUCACCAUACUCGACCAAUCAAAGGACUGGUCUCUGCUGCAGUGUGAAGUUUAUGGAGCUUCUCCUCGACCUAAAGUGGAGUGGAGGGACAGUUCUGGAAACAUCCUUCAUGCUAAAGAAGCACAGGUCACAGAAAGAGGAGGCAGCUACGACAUCAUCCUCCAAACCACUGUGACCAAGACCGACCACUACAGCUGUGUGGUCACACAGGACCAGAUCAAACACCACACUGAGGCAGAGAUCUACGUUCACAUCAACGGAGCAGCUUCAGAGCCGCACGUCACCAACCUUCAUCAAACCAAGGACCAGGCCCUGCUGCAGUGUUUAGUCAGAGGAGCUUCUCCUCGACCUAAAGUGGAGUGGAGGGACAGUUCUGGAAACAUCCUUCAUGCUAAAGAAGCACAGGUCACAGAAAGAGGAGGCAGCUACGACAUCAUCCUCCAAACCACUGUGACCAAGACCGACCACUACAGCUGUGUGGUCACACAGGACCAGAUCAAACACCACACUGAGGCAGAGACCUACGUUCACAUCAACGGUGAGAUCUUUUCAUAGUUUCAACUCUAAAGCUGAUCUGAUGAGACAGGAGGAAGUUUAUUCAGAAUGUUUCAGAGUUUUAAUCCCACGUUUCCUGAGACUCCUCGCUCUAAAUAUCCUGAAUCUACAUUUAAGGCUUCAAACAGAAACUGAAGGUUGUGUUUAAAGGUCACAUAUUCUCCUCCUAAUAAAGAUGAACUACAGAGUAACGUUAGUUUGUCCUGAUGAUGAUGAACGGCAGGAGACCACCAGUCUGAAAAGAUGUUUCAUUAUUUAUUCAUAAUUCAGCAUUUUAUAUUUAUGUGAGGGCUGUCCAACCAGCAACAUUUUGAAUCUCCAUUAAUCGCUACAUUUCAAAAGUUAGUGGUGAUUAAAGACAUUUUGAAUCCCGUGUGUAACCCUAACUCUAACCCUAUGCAGUAACAUGUUCAACCUGUAAUAUCAUGUAUGUGGGAGAAACAAACAAGCAGCUGAAAUACAGAUUGAGACCACAAAUCUACCAAAGAAACAAAGGCAAAGAAAAUCCGGCCGUUUACAUGCACUUCAGAAGACGUGGAGCAGACCAUCUGAAAACAGAAGGCAUCAAAAGCAACACAAACUGGUCCAGAAGUCAACGCCUCAGAAUGGAAACCACGUUCAUCAAAUGAUUGAAAAGAAAGAAACCAAACGGCCCAAAUGAAAAACUUUGAUUCAGGCCGCCAUCUCCUGCUCAGAAGACGGAAGGACAGUUGUUUGGUUUCUCUGCUUUUAACUGCAGCCAACAAGGAAAACGGGGAAAUACCGCCACCUGCUGGUGCACCAACAACAACACGGUUUCCCCCUACCUGCUUUUAUCCACGGUGCAAUGCUGCCACCUGGUGUCCAAAAGGUGGAAGGACAGUGAGAGGGAUUGUUUCACAUCUAUGGAGUUUUAGAUCAAACAAAAACUAGUUUGAAAUGUUUUCAUCUUGUUUUAAUGAAUGGAUGACUUUG